CCUCUCUGGAAAUCUGUCCGCUUCAAGAUACCUCACGCUCGUUAACCUUCAUGCUCGAUACAACCAAGAACAUGUUUGAUUCGCUACCAAACCCUUACUAAUCACACUCAUUUCUCGACUCGCUUUUGAUGCCUGCGCAUCCGAGUGAAGUCCCGGUGUCAAUGGAUUGAUGACUGAAAAGCAGGCACGGCGUCCACCUGUGGCGCCCAAGCCCUCGUUCAUACAGCAGGAUGGCUCCGCUCUCAGGGUUUCUCCUGUGCCCUCUCCUGCUCUGCGUGGAGCGACUUUAGCCUUUGCUCCGACUUCAGCAAAGGCCUCGAAUGCCACCUCACAUAAUCCAGCUGCGGGAGCUUUGCUAGCAGCCAGUCUUGCAGCCAGCAAAAAGCCACAACCACCUCAAGCAUCUAAAGACGCGAACUUGCCUCGGCAAAAUGUUCCCUCAGCGCAAGCGCUGCUGUCAUCCCCUCGCGGCCGUACCUUGACGACUUCGAAAGUACCUGUUGCAGCGGGCGAGCCACCCUCCACUCUUCCGCCUCAUGCGCCUGCCUUCAAGCCGCAUCUUCCUCGCUCUACAUCAGCCGUAGCAGCCGCCGCUGCGUCGGCCACUGCAUCUGCAAGGACAAGCCCUGUGCGUAUACCAGGAACAAGGAAGACUAGUGUAUACUUGGGGCCACCAGAGUUUCGUCAAGAGGGCCGACCACGGGCCAGGAGUACGGCUAGCAAUAACGACAGCGUCCUUUCGGUAUCACAGAGCUCUGAUGCCCUCGCUGGUGCUGCUGCUGCUUCUAUGGCGGUAGCUCCCGUCCACGCUCAAGAUGAAUUCAAUGUUAGACCAAGGAACGAUCUGGGGUCGAUCCCGCGCCUGACAUUACCUCCGUCGGAGGCUUCAAUAACUUCUAGUCCUUCACCGUCCUCCACAGCGGCUGCAGUGACAGCGAGUAGAAACGCAGAAAGUAUGGAGGGCAGGAGGCGAGGCCAAUCUACCUCUAGUCGAAACAUGCAGCUCGGUGGCAGUCCAUCAGUUCAUACUACGGCAGAUCCGAGCGGGCCACAACUCAAUUUGUCUCCUCCGGAAUCGGAAUCUGAAUACGACGAUGCACAGGAGGAGGUUGAGCAGCCAUAUAAGGCUCUGCCGGCCCCUGUGCCAUUGCGAUCCAACCGACCUCCCAUCUUUGCGUCCGAAACAGCCCCUUCCAGCCAAGGCUCGCCCGUGCUCGAUGCCCGAACAAGAAUGACUGCGAGUUCACUUGCUGACGCGAUGGUCGCCUCAUCUUUGGCCUCACAACUUACGGGGUCCCGAGAUGCGUCCCCGAAGUCUAGACCUCCACCACCACCUGCCCCCCGACGAAGAUCUAAGUCAAUUGGCCCCGUGGAACACGUCCGUCAACAUUUGCACUUUCCCAAUCUCAGAAGUGAGACGCCACCACCACCUAAACCACUGAAGCCGCUACCAGUCCGACCUAUGAGACAGACGUUGCGCGCUCAGUCGACCGACCACGACGAGGUUCACAAAGAAGUUCUUCACAAACGUGGACGAGGCCACUGGACCAGGCAUCCUAAUAAGCAUCAUGAGGGUGAUCGGAAGCGGUGGCGAGACAAAGUCACGGAACGAGAGAGGAAACGGUAUGAAGGCGUUUGGGCUGCGAACAGAGGCAUUCUUCUGGAGCUUGACCCAGAAUUAACAACAUCUGGCUAUAAUAAUGAUGCCACAGCAGCUAGCGAUUUGGUCGUCAAUGUCGUCGUUCGAGAUAUAUGGGAUCGGAGCCGCUUACCCACAGACGUACUCGAGGAAGUCUGGGAUCUUGUGGCACGACCUGGAGUUAAAGCUUUAAACAGGGAGGAGUUUGUUGUGGGUUUAUGGCUCAUUGACCAGAGGUUGAAGGGCAGGAAGUUACCCGUCAAGGUCUCACCGAGCGUUUGGUCCAGUGUAAGGCAUCCUCAGGGAGUCAAGAUAUCGAACAAGGCGUUACAGAAAUAGAUUACCAUUCAUCUACGAGAUACCCUGUAUUGCGGCUGACAAGCACCCGUGACUUGAUCAACCAGCGGUCGUCCCUGGCAGACUUUAAACAUGCAAACUGCCUCUUGCCUGAUACUCACGGGGAUCAUCUUUCUUGAAAGUGUGCUCCGAUCUUGGAUGCAUCUCUCGUAUU